CUAAAACAAGGCGGCUGGAUUGGUAAAGAAUAAAAAUAUAUAUAUAUAUAUAGAUGUAUACAUUAUUUAUUUUAUAUAAUUUACAUAUUAUUAUAGGGCUUUUUAUUCUUGUCUUGGGAUGGUUAUUUUCAACUUAUUCAGGUAUCAUUCUAAUUCGUUGUUUAUAUUAUAAUGGUCGUACUCGUUUAUCCUCUUAUCAAGAAGUCGCUGAAGCAGCCUUCGGGAAAAUAGGUGGCUGGGUCUCCUUCUUCUUUACUGCUGUUACUCUUCUGGGUGUUCCUGUACUUUAUUUCUUAUUAGCAGGUCAAAAUCUUCAUUCUGUUUGUAUAGGUACUCGUGCAGAACUCACAUUUUCUAUAUGGGUUAUCAUUGUCGCAGCUAUUGUUUCAUUACCUUUUGUUUGCUUCAAGUCGAUGAAAGAAGUUGGCUUUAUGAGCGCAUUUGGUAUGCUGACGACUGUCAUCGUUGUUCUGAUUGUUCUCGUUAUGGCCGUUAAGGAUAAACCUAAUCAGGUUGAUAUACAUCAUGAUAAUGUCAUUUGGUCUGAAUUCCCUAUCGCCUUAUCUUCCAUUAUCUUUAGUUUUGGUGGAAAUCCUGUCUAUGCUCAUGUGGAAGCUGGUAUGCGUCGUCCUCAAAGUUGGGGGAAAGUCGUCUUUGCCGGUCUAUCCACCUGUGCUGCUCUCUACUUUUUAACCGCUAUCCCUGGUUAUUAUGUAUAUGGCAAUAAAACUCAAAGCCCUAUCUAUGACUCCAUUCCUGCUGGUAGUGCUAAAACGGCAAGUGCAAUCAUCAUUACUGUACAUAUCAUCCUGGCUGCUCCUAUCCUUAUGACUUCCUUUGCCCUUGACCUCGAAAAACUAUUUGGUAUCUCUUCAUUUCAUCAUUCAAAGUUUAUGGAAAUCGUGUUAAGAGUCGCCUUACGUUUGACGAUGGUAGUUAUCAUUACUGUCAUUGCCAUCUUUGUACCCUUCUUUGGUGACUUUAUGUCUCUCCUCGGUGCCUUUUCGAAUUGUGCUCUUAUCUUGAUUUUCCCUGUCUUAUUUUAUUUAAAGUUAACAGGUCUUCGUAACAAGUCAUGGUAUGAGCUAAUACUUUGUUUUUUCGUUGUCUUGAUCGGCAUCAUAGGGUUAAUUUUUGGUACAAUCACUGCUAUACAAGCUCUGAAAGCAGACUUUGCUAAUCAAUAAUGAUGUAAAAUAGAAUUAGAAUUUUUUUUUCUUUCUUUCUUUGUAUAAUAGUUUAAAAUAAAUAAAUGGAAAACAAAAACAAAACGAAAAAAAAA